UGAGAGUGCAAGGGUUAAGGUUGCUCAAGGUGUUGCUGGUUCAGUGGUAGACAAAGGAACUAUACAUCGGUUUGCUCCUUACCUUAUUACCGGGAUACAACAAGGAUGUCAAGACAUUGGAGCAUGUAGUUUGGACAAAUUGAGGUGUGUUUUUUCUUGCUGAGCUAACUUUUAUUGUCUUCUCAUGCACGAUAAGAAGUAACUGAAUCAGAUAUACUCAAGUGGAUUUCAUAUUUUUCGGCACUGGUUGAGAAUGAAUAAACUGUUAUGCGUAUAAAUCGGUGUUUAAUUAAUAAAUGUAUUAAUGUCGAUGUAUUCUUGAACUAUAUUUUCAAUCUGUUAUCAUCUAUACCCUAGAAACUGAUUUAACGUUAUUUAAAUCAUUUCCAGGACAAUGACGUAUAGUGGCGAGACAAGAUUUGAGAAAAGGACAGUAUCUGGUCAAAUAGAAGGCGGUGUUCACGGAUUGCAUUCGUAAGUUUGCACAAUCAUCAAAUAAUAAACCUUCUUAAGUUACAAUGCACCGUUUCAAUAAUUACGUCACGAUUACUUCUUUGGCCUGGGAGCCUCGCUCUCGUAUAUCAAGGCAAAAGGCAAUUCGUCCACGAUUCAUAAAAAUGACGACUUGCAUUUUCCUAUGGGACAUCGCAUAACUUGGUUUUCCGCGUUUGAUGUCAUUGUAAAAAGGUCUAUUAUAUAGAACUGAAUUUAAAUACGACCUUAAAUAUUUAAUUACCAUUUAUUCUUUUUUUUAGAUACGAAAAGAGGUUAUUUUAG